AGCAAUUGGCUCGCGCGACGCUUCUCACUAAAAUAGGUCCGCAGCAGCAGCCACAGCAGCAGUUAACAAAAAAAAAAAAUAAAACGAAAACCACAUCGAAGCCGUUUGCAAAAGAGCAGCUCCCGAAGUUCGCCCAACCCCCCAACCAUCCCGCAUCGUAUCAUAAAUAAGUAAAGAUAACAGGGAAAACGGAAAUGACCAGACUCCAUUUAUAAAACCAAAAACGGCGAUCAACGAAUAACUUGGCAACUGCAAGACCUCGCAACAUGCCGGAAGAGAAGGCGACAACAGCUGCCAAUCUCGAGAAUGGCCAGACAACGGCAGCAUCCACGCCGAGCAAAGCCAAACGCCUAAGGACCCCACCACGCCGACGGCCACCCAACGAGGGGGAUGUGGUCGCGGGCGGUGUGGGCAUCACGGGCGGCGGCGUCGUCAUCCUGCCGCAGCACGUACUCAACGAACUCUAUCACAAUUAUUCCAUCAAGCAGCGACGCAGCGGCCUCAAGUGGUUUCUAUUCGCGGCCGUUCUCUUUAAUCUCUGGACGAUUUUCAUACCCUGGGAGCAGGCUUUAACAACAAGGGUGGUCAACUGUUGCGUGUUCAAGGCCUAUAUGACGCUGGCGGCCCUCCUGCACAUUGGACGCCGUUCGGAGCAGCCGGCCUUUAGACGUUUCCGUCAGCCGCUGUUGACGAUUGUUCCGCGCGCCUUGUGGCUGCUCUCGAUGCUGCAUUUUGCCGCCUAUGUGAUGCUUCAGGCCAGCUUUUCGCCGCGAGACGUGCUCGGCUGGGCCAUACUAUUAAACUUCCUGAUAUAUGUGACGCUGCCAUUGCCGCUGAUUUUUCUGGGCCUAGUCGUUGGCUUUUGCACGUAUUUCAAUUGCCUAAGUCUGCCCGUAGGCUUUUCACGGCCGGAUCCGUUAAUCUCAGAUCAGGCGGCGGCUAAUGCGGUUUUAAUAGCCACCGCGGCGUUAAUUGGUCUAUUGUAUUACUUCAUGGGCGAGGCCAAGCAGAAGCGCGCCUUUUUGGAGGCCAAAAAGAGUCUGGAGGUUAAGAUGGUCAUCGAGGAGCAGUCGGCUGAGCAGGAACGCUUGCUACUAUCUGUGCUGCCCAAGCAUGUGGCCAUUAAGAUGCGCGAGGACUUGGGCUCAUCCAGCUCGGAGGCUUUUAAAAAGAUUUACAUGAGUCGGCACGAGAAUGUGAGCAUACUGUAUGCGGAUAUUGUUGGGUUUACCGCCAUUUCCUCGACGUAUAGCGCCCAAGAUCUGGUAAAAAUGCUAAACGAGCUCUUCGCACGCUUCGAUAGGCUCGCCGAGAAGUACCAACAGCUGCGCAUUAAAAUUCUCGGCGAUUGCUAUUAUUGCAUUAGUGGAGCGCCCGACGAGCGGCCGGACCAUGCCGUGCUCUGCGUACACAUGGGACUUUCAAUGGUGAAGGCCAUCAAAUAUGUGCAACAGAAGGCAAACUCACCUGUUGAUAUGCGUGUGGGCAUACACACGGGUGCUGUCCUGGCUGGCAUACUCGGUCAGCGUCAGUGGCAGUUUGACGUUUACUCCAAGGACGUUGAGCUGGCUAAUAAAAUGGAAUCCAGCGGCAAGGCCGGACGCGUGCAUAUUUCCGACAAGACUUUGGCCUUUCUCAAUGGCGAGUUCGAGGUGGAGCCGGCCUUUGGGGAGAAGCGCGAGGAGCUGCUGCGCAUUGCUGGUCUGAAGACCUAUUUCAUUACCAAAGUGGUUAAGCCGUUCGCCUCGCCUUGCGCCAAGAAAAUCCACGAAACCAGAGCAGAAAAUGGCAAUCAUAGUCCGGAAUCCAAUGCCAGUAGCAAUGAUAGCAACGAAAAUGUCGACGAUGACAAUGAUGCCACAGUGGAUGACGAGGAGCUAUUGGCGCAGAGUGUUGUCCUCAAUGGACACAGCCCAACAGCGGCUGAAGAUGAGGAAGAACAAAUCAAGCUCGAGAACUUUAAGCAGCGUCUAAAAGACGAGCUUGUAACGCGCGAUGGACACGAAAAUCUGACCAAGGACACGAACAUCUUCUUGCGCUUCAAGAAUGUGCAGCUGGAGCAGGCCUAUGCCGUCUAUCGGGAGCCGUAUAGUUCGCUGCCCUUGCUGGCCGCUUUGCUGGUGCAGUGCAUCGAUGUGCUGUACUCCUACCUGGUGCUGCCGCGCUCCACGCUGCAUUUCAUUAACAUUGCCGCACCGUUGGUGCCCAUUGCCAUGCUGGUGGCCAUAAGCAUUGCGGAAAGCUUUAGUGGCAUGCUGCCCAAGUUCUUUGUGGAUGUGAGCAAACGCUUCAAUGACAUUACCUUCGUGCGCGAGCUGGCAGCCAUAAUUAUAGCACUUACCAUUGGCCUCAGCAAUGUCAUCGACAUGUUCUUCUUCGUUACCUUCGUGCGCACCGAGCAUAUUGUCAGCGAGAGCGAAUUCAAUGCCACGGCCGGCUUGGAGGAGGUUGUCACCGCCGAGCACCUGCUGCCCGAAUCGUUUGUGGAGCAAAUGCGCGAGGCGGUGCCCACCGAACGUGUCCUAUAUCCGUCCUAUUUGAGCAACUUCAGUGUCCUCAUACUCAUUGCAAUUGCUGUGAUUGCUCAGCUCACGCAUUUAACCAAGAUUCUCCUGCUGUUGUCCAUUGCGGCUUUGCACUGCUAUUUCAAUGUGUGCAUCAUGCAGGACUUGUACGCUCUGGAAGACGAUCUGGCACAUCAGCCGCUCAUAUCAACACGCUAUUGUGCCUCAGGUCUGCUUCUAGUCGCCGCAUUGUCUCUCAGCUUUCUAGCCCGACAUAUGGACCACGAGGAUCGUGUUAUAUUCAAAUGGAAAACCGAGGUGGCCGAGCAAAAGGAAACCGCCAACGAUAUGCGUCAGCGUAAUGAGGCUUUGGUCUACAAUGUGUUGCCCGUGCAUGUGGCCGAGCACUUUAUGAAGAACGCCAAGCGUUCCCAUGAUGAUCUCUACUCCCAAAGCUAUGCCGAGGUGGGUGUGCUGUUUGCCAGCAUGCCCAAUUUUUCAGAUUUCUACUCGGAGGAAACAGUUAACAAUCAGGGCCUGGAGUGCUUGCGUUUUCUGAAUGAGGUCAUCUCCGAUUUCGACGCGCUGCUGGAGCUGCCCCAGUUUCAGGACAUCAUUAAAAUCAAGACUAUUGGCUCCACUUAUAUGGCCGCCAGUGGCAUCAAUUUGCAGCGAAAUCUCCGUAAUGAUGCUCCCAUUACCGAACGCUGGUCCCAUCUGGCUCUGCUAGUGGAGUUUGCGCUGGAACUCAAGCAUGCGCUGCACGGCAUCAACGAGCAGUCGUUCAAUCAUUUCGUGCUCAAAAUGGGCAUCAAUCAUGGCCCCAUUACGGCUGGUGUGAUUGGCGCUCGGAAGCCGCACUACGAUAUCUGGGGCAAUACGGUGAAUGUGGCCUCGCGCAUGGAGAGCACCGGCAAAGCGGGCGCCGUUCAGGUAACCGAGGAGACCUGCAACAUCCUGGAGCAAUUCGGUUAUACGUUUCAGCAGCGCGGCCUGGUGGCAGUCAAGGGCAAGGGUCAGCUGAUGACCUACUAUUUGCAGGGCAAAUCUGAGAGCAGUGCAGCGGAGCCCAAGGCGGCCGUAGAGCUUCAUGAGCCGGAGGCAGUGACAGCGGCCGCGCCACUUAGUCUGGACUGCAGCGCAGAGCUGGAGGCGGAUAUUAAGACGCCGCUGCUAAAGCUCAAGGCACAGGAUGCAGCAACGGAAACCAAUCCGGAAACGUGUUUGGGCAAUGGAACCUUGGCCGAAUCUCAAUCGUUGUUGGAGUAAAUCGAUUGCAUUUUCUACGAGACAUAUUGAUGUGUGUGCGUGUGUGUGUGUGCUUGAGUGAGUGUGUAUGUGUGUGUUCAUGAACGUGAACAUAAAGUUAACUGUUAUACUACUGUUAUACUUACUACUACAUUUGGUUUGCCUAUAUUCGUGUGAUAUUCUGCUAUGUGAACUACCCAAAAAAGAAAAAAAGGAAACAUUUAAAGAAAAAUCGUACUCUUUAGUUGUAUAUUUAUAAAUGGUAUUUGCUUUUGAAAAGUUUGUAAACUGUGUACCUAAAAAUUUAUAACUAAACUAAGUAUUUGAAUUAUUGUGAGCGGUUUUGUUUCAAACAAAUUGUUAUUUAAUUUAAAUUAUAUUAACAACUGUAACAUAACAAAUUAUUUGCUUAAUAACAU